GCUCCGGAGAGAACAGAGACACAUCAGAAUCACAAUCCUUCUUUCUUUCACUGAUCGGAUUAAACCAAAGGUGGCUUCCAGCCUAUAAUCUUGAAUUAUCCACAGCCAUUUGGCAACGACAACAGACUACACCACAGCGUAACACAUUCAGUCCUUUGAAGAUGAAGUGUGCAAGAGCUCUCCAUGCUUUUGGGAGUCAUACCCAGCCCACUGCGAUGCCAGCAGACCUUGCCGCAUGUCUGAGUCUCGGCCAUCGGGAACAUAUUUAUCAGCUGCUGUCCAAGACUCCUCUGAAUCCCGCACAGCGCCGUUAUCAGCCGACCAACUCUCUUCCACGGAGCGGCCUUAACUCACCUCGUUCCUCUUCCCCCUUCGCUGCAUCCUCCUCGCAGCCCCCCUCUCCUCUGUCCUCAGAGCCUCGGAGCUGCUUCCGCAGGGACAGCGGCUAUCUGAAUAAGAAGCGUGUGGUCUUCGCAGACGCCAUUGGAUUGGCUCUCACUGCUGUACGCCUAUUUAUCUCUGAGCCAUCUUCCCUUUCCUCAGAAGUGCUGAUAAAGCCCACCUUCGCUAGACUGCAAGGCCAACAGUCGCCAUCAAACAAUCUGCAGCGCUGCAAGUUGCGCCUGGGUUUCCCUCAGCCUCAGUUCGACCACAAAGCCUUCCUCACACGAGGCUUGCGUGUGCAGUUGGAGAGCUGCAACAUCUCAGAGAACUCCUUGAGCGGCAAAGUGCUCGUCUCCCAUGUCGGCAUUGAUGAGGCUGUACAAGUAAGGGUGACCUUUGACUCUUGGCGAAGCCACCAUGACAUCCCCUGCAAGUUCCUGCAGCAGCAGCGCUAUGGGGGUUCUGAUUUGAAUUUGUGCGCCUUUGACCUAAGCUUGCCAAAGAACAUAGAUCCGAAGGAGAGAGCUGAGUUUUUUGUGUACUUCAAGGCUGGACCUGGCGCAACACUACACUGGGAUAAUAACCAGGGACAGAACUACAGGGUGUUCGUGGAAACGGAUGGAUCCAAUGGUCACCAAGAGGAUGCUUUCCGUGGUUACACCACACUUUCACAAUAUCGGCCGAUGCACACGACCCUCAGUAAUCAGAACUUUACUGAUUCACAGAGGAAGACCAUCGACAUCCAAAACUAUUUAGAUUCACAGUCUCUUCAGAGGGGUUUAUCAGGCAGAGUCAGAGAGUGGAGAGCAAAGGGUUCGGCCAGGCAGUGAGAUCAGCCCAACCCCUCAACAGAACUAUGACAACAUGUAAAUAAUGCCACUAUUUAAUAUUUAUUUAGAGUUAAGUUUUUUAAGCAUACAUGGACUUUCUAAAAUCUCCAGUGUUGGUUGGUCUAAAGCCAAGCAUUUGAUCACAAAUAAUUACUUGAAAUGACCACAACCUCUUAACACCACAUAACCUGAUGAAGGGACAAAGGAUAAUAAUGUUAAAAUAAAUAUCUUUGUUCUAUAAAUGACAUGAAAUGUAUGUUUGACUUUUGGUUCUAGACGUGAAACAAACAGCAGUUCCCUGAUUGAAAGUCCCUAGUUUGACUCAUCCUACCCAACUGUACCCAUAUUGUACCUGGGAUUUCUUGUGUUCACCAUGAAAUAAGAUCCUAAAUAUCUUACCAUUUGCAUUUUCAGUAACUGUGGCGGGGGCACGUGUUGCAAUUACGUGCCAGCAACAAUGAGUUGUGUCAAGAGGUUGUGGUCAUACCCUGUUGAAAUGUGAAGUAUGCAAUAUUGUUCUGAAUAAAUCUAUUUUUGUA